UCCUUAUUAUCAAACUUGUGUAUAUAUAUAGUACAUGUUUGGGACAACAUAAGAAAAGAAACAUCAAAUAUAUGAGAAAAGAGAUUAGCAUGUUACUCUAAAUAUAGUACUUGGUUUCAUGCCAAAGUAGAGAAAAUUUUCAAACCUAUAGUAAGGUUAUAGACAAAUAUAUGGAGGGUGGUAUGGAACUUGAAGAUGAUCUAUUUUUUGCAGACUUAAGCAAGCAAAUUUCUCUCUUAAUUAUGGAUGAAGAUGAAGACCCUAAUACUUCUUGUCAUCCUCACACUAUUCAGUCUUACCAUGGAGCAAUACAUCCUCCUCCACAGUCAAAUUUCAUGUACGAGCAAGUGGCUUUGAGAAGACAAAGCAAAGGGACAGGUGUGUUUAUUCCACAGUCAACACAACCAAGAAGGAAGCAAAGAAAAGGAAGACCAUCUUCAUAUGCAAAAUAUCAGAAACAAUCUUCUCAAGAUACAACAAGAACAGUUUCUCAAAAUUCUUUCAAACCUAUAAAUAAUGGCUGAGGAUAUAUAUAUAUAUAUAUAUAUAUAUAUAUCCUUCUGCAAAAUUGCAUAAUUAUAUACUAAUCAUUAAUUAGUUACUUUGCCAAGUUUAAGUAUGGAUAAUUCUAUAUAUAUGGUUAAUUUCAAGGAUUGAUGUAUAAUAUAUGGUUAAUCAUUAUGUACAUAGGAAUGCCAGUAUAAUUAGUAGCAACCUGGCAAGGGUCCCUGCAAGGUUUAUUUUGUAACCCUUCACCGUGUGAGAAAGUUGUUAUCUAGUUUGAUAAGUUGAUAUCUUUGUUCUCUUUCCAAUUUGUUUUCUCCUUUUGUAAUAUAUAAUAAUGUAUCCACUUAAUUUGUAUAAUAACUAUGUUUUUGGUAUGAUGGAAAAUUCAAAGAAACAUCAAAUCAGUUCAUA